ACUUAAUUCAGGAAGUUGCUGUCCUCUCCCGUAAACUGGAGAAAAAUAAGCUCAUUUCAGGCAAAAAUGAGCGCUGAACUCGGGGCUACUGGUGGAUUGGCGUUUGGAAACGAAAACAGUGUGUAUCAAAAGGUUUUGGCCGCGUUUCCACUAUGUGACAUGACAGAAGAGGACCUGAGGCAGAACCCCCAAUUCUGUAAACUCCUGAGCAGUCUUGCACAUCAUGUGGAUAAAACUGGACUCCUUGGGCCACUGAAAACAGAGCUGGAAAAGGCUGAGCAGAAGCUGCUGAGCCAGCGGCGAGUCUGGCUGCAGUCCGAAAGCCUCAACAGAGCGCUGCAGGAGAUGAUCUGGGAGCACAAAGUCAGGAAGCAUCACGCCGCUGUCCCGCCUGACCAGAGCACGUUUUACGAGACCGUGGAGAAGUGCCUUCUUGUGGCCCAGUGUGCAAGACGGCUGGAUCCUAGUGACACUACCAAGAAGGAUCAGCCCUCUGUUUUGGGUUUGACCCCCCAACAGGUCAUGGAGCUCAUGCCUUCUGAGAACAGUGUAGAAAGAAUGAAGCAGAUGUUACCUGCCGCACUGGAGGAACACCUCAAGAAGAAAUGUUUGCGUUUCCUCUCCUACUAUCAGCCUGAAUGGGAGAAUCAGAGUGAAAGUCUGAAGAGAAGCAAGGUGUCUCAUCUGUCUGCGCAACUGAAUAAAAACAAACAAAAGGCUGAGGAUUUGAAGGAAAGCUCCCGGGAAAAGAGUGUGCUCCUCCAAAGGCAGACACAACUCUACCUUUCUGAGAUGACAAAGUGUGUGCAGCUCCUGCAGUCUUUCAUCUUGGAGAACCGCCUGAAGAUCCAGGCUGAUUUGGACAGGAACAAGUUGGAUUACUUUGAAGGCAAAUGCAAAUUAGUCUCGCAGAAGAUAAAGGCUGAAAUGGUUGCGAUUAGACUGGAAACGUACACGGCUGACUCCAUUUCUGCCCACAAAGAAAUAAGAAAAAGUCUGGAGUCAGAGCUGAGAGCCUGCCAGGCGGAGAAACAGUCUGUGGAGUCAAAGUUGUCCUCUUUUGAGAUCUUAGGCAAGGAAUUCGAGGCCCUGGCUGAGGAUUAUGGCAAAUUACGACAAGAAAUUGAAAUUAAAAACUGGGCUCUGAAGGAAUUUACCAAGUACAACGACUUGUGAUGAUCAUACCCGAGUUGGGGAUAGCAGACGUUCAAUGAUCACGUGAUGAAAACCCUUCAGGAUGUUGACUUUUUCCAAGAUAUUUGUAUGGGAUUUGAGUCAGUCUUCGUUCAUGGAUUGUUCACCUCAUGUACUAAA